UUCUCAGCAACUUCAUCAUCAUAACACACAUUUCUGUCAACUUCCACACCAAAUAAUGGCUCCUAUCAAUAACUACUUCCCUUAUUUUCCAUUUCCUCCACCGCAUAAUCCGCCAAAUGUGCCACCACCUCCGCCGUCCCCAACAGUAGCUCCACCACAUCAUCCCAUCACACCACCACCACCGCUCCCAAAGCCAACUCCGCCACCUCCAACAGUAGCUCCACCACAUCAUCCCACUACACCACCACCACCCCCAAAGCGAAUUCCGCCCCCUCCAGCAGUGGCUCCACCACAUCAUCCCAUUACGCCACCAGCAUCACCACCGCUCCCAAGGCCAACUCCGCCACCUCCAGCCGUUGCUCCACCAUUCCAUCCCAUUACACCACCACCACCUCCUCCACCAGGACAUCACUCCACAGUCAUAGUUGUUGUGUUUGUUUCAGCUGGUGGGCUAUUCUUUCUUGCAUUUCUAGCAGUUGCUCUCUGCUGUUUCAUUAAGAAGAGGAAGAAUAAAAACAUUCAGAAAACAGAACUCAUAAAUUUUGAUGAACACAUGAAAGUUAAGGAAGAUAUAGUUGAAGGAGCACAUGGUGAGAAAAUGAAGGUUCUUACCAUUGAAGAAGAUGUCCAUUUUGAAGAGAAGAUCAACAAAAAUGAAAAACUGGGGCAAGGACAUGAUCAUUCUAUGCUUGUUUCCAAUUUAAUACCAUCCUCUUCUCACUCUGCUUCUGAUCACCAUCUUGCGAAGAAAGUCUGAUACAAAAAACAAAAUGUAAAUGAAAUAAUUAUAUCGAUAUCCAUAUGUUAACAGAAUAUCAUUUCACAAAUUUCUUAUUCUUUCUGUAAAUUGUCAUGCAUAAAUAUAUGGAAU